AACAGACAAUAUUAAACAGGUAGGAAAACAGGGGCUACAAAACAGGUUUUCCUUUCUUAACAGGUGUUUGGAUACUGAUUUAUUACAGACUACAGAUUUUAUACAGGCAGUUUCUUCAGUGCAGAGAGGGGGUCCUUGAUUACUUCUGUCGCAUGAUCUUUGAACGCUGUUUUGGGUUUUGUUUAUGGACUCCAUAGCGUAAGCUGCUGGGCUAGCCAGUUGCCUCGCCGCUAGUGUAGUGGCCUUGGUUUCAAUGGUUUUAGCUAUGAAUAAAAAACGUGCUAUAUGACAGAAUAAAGCCAAUUUACUAGCUAGCUGACACCGCGUAGAAAUCAAAAUCAGCAUGCAGCCAAAAGCCUUAAAACUGUGCCAGGACGGUGGUAUCUGAUCAUCCAAAAUGCCUUAUAAACCCCUGAAGUUACACAAGAGUACCCACUACAUUGAACUGGGGAGUUACCAGUACUGGCCUGUCCUGGUGCCACGGGGAAUCCGCCUUUACACAUUUGAACAGAUUCCUGUAUUCUUGAAAGAAAACCCAUACAUUACAGAUGGAUACAGAGCACAUCUACCAUCAAAACUCUGUUUAAAAAGUAUUUUCAUCCUGUCCAAUGAGACGGUUAACAUAUGGAGUCAUCUGCUGGGGUUUCUGCUCUUCUUCUUACUGGGGGUGAAUGACAUGUGCGCAGUGCUGCCAGCUUCAGGUGCCAACAGAGAAGACUAUGUCAUCUACUGCAUAGGACUGUUCUGCUUUCAGGUGUGUAUGCUGUGCUCGGUGGGGUAUCACCUGUUCUCCUGCCACCGCUCAGAGAAGACAUGUCGCCGCUGGUUGGCGCUGGACUACGCUGGAAUCUGUGUUGGAAUCCUUGGCUGUUACGUUCCAGGGGUCUUCUAUGCCUUCUACUGCAAUAUAUUCUGGAGACAGGUGUACCUGGUGACUGUUCUAGCAUUGAUACUGGCCGUGUUCUUGGCUCAGAUCCACCCUGACUACCAUUCUCAGGAGUGGCAAUACCAGCGAACUGCCAUCUUCUGCUCAGUGGCUGGCUAUGGGGUCAUCCCAGCCAUCCACUGGGUCUGGCUGAAUGGAGGCUUCGGCUCUACAGUCGUCCAGUUGUUCCUGCCUCGUGUGAUGGUGAUGUAUUUGAUAGCUGGAGCAGCGUUCCUCUUCUACAUCUCUAAGAUCCCAGAACGCUACUUUCCAGGUCAACUGAACUAUGUAGGUGCCAGCCACCAGGUGUGGCAUAUCCUGGUUGUUUUUAUGCUUUACUGGUGGCACCAGACUGCAGUGUAUAUAAUGAACUUCAGGCACAGCCAGCCUUGCCCCCCUCUUUACACCAGCAGCGGCUAGAGCUUCAAACGAGCAGCAAUAGAGCCCCUCAGUGAAAACCUAUACUUAUACAUUGUGUAGAUCUGCCUCUGAACGCACCUCUUCCACUAAAGAUCUAGAAGCCUAUGUGCAUGUGCAGAACACUUUCUGGGUACGUAUUCAUGAUGUACCUGCUCUUUUGGUGCAUUAAGUUGCAGCUUAUUUCCUCUCAAACUUUUUUUCUUCACAAUUUUGUGACAUUGAAUUUAAGGCUUAAGGCUCUGCUUUGUCGCAGCAAUCCCAGAUUGCUUUGAUGUGUCUUCUGCAGCACAUGCCAUACUGUUUUUUGUCACGCUGCUCACUGAACCAGUAAGUCUACAUUGUGAAACUCUGAGUAUCAUGGAUAAGUCCAGGGGUCUACACUACACAUUGGCCAGCACUGUCCAUGUUUGGGGGGUUGGGGCCAAAUAUGGUUGCCUUGCCUCAUCUCACUCUAGCAAGCUCAAUUAAGGUUGCUGGCUGGAGAGUGUUUUCCCUCCUGCGCAUAGGCAUUCAGGGUACACUUCCUGUUUGAGCGAGGAGUGUGCCAAGAAGCAGAGCGGCAAUGGACGUACUAGGGAAGAUACAUACUUCAACCUCAGGUUUAAAGUGUAAAACCUUUUUUAAAGUUAGGAGUGAGGAGCUGCAAACUGACUGCUCUGUAAAGAGGGUAUAUAGAAUAAAUACAUGCGCAGAAAAUUAUCCACACAUGCAUGGAAGAUUCAGGAUCUUUAGCAGAAAUGACUUUAGAUCUGCAGUAAUGUCCAUGUCUACAUGCUACAGAGGGGCUCGGUCAAGCAGACAAGACCAUGCCAAGUUACCACAACCAUACUAUCAGACCUUACAGAUGUCUGUAGAAUGAUUGAACAAGUCAAAUGGAACAAUAAUCUCUACAUUUUUAAGGAACUGCUUCCUGUGAAAAAAUAGGGGGCCAGGUUAUUAUACAAGAGUGAAGACGGGUCAGUCAAAGCCUGGUCCCUACCUGGAAAGCAGGGACUCAUGCUGUACAAAAUGCAGCUACAACUGAACAAAAUCUGUAAUUCUCAGAUAAUUUUUUCCUACUUUCAUCAUCAAGUGUUACUGUUACUGUGUGAAUGUUUCAUUUUGUGAAUAAGUACUUCUUGAAAUGCUGCCUUUGGCACAUUUGACCUUACAAGGAUUAUGUGCAAUAUCUAUCUAGACCAGAGGUGUCAAACCGGUUCCACGGAGGGCCGAGUGUUUUCGGUUUUUCCUUUAAAUUGGUUCCCAGUUCAGAC